ACAGCACCGGGAGCGGCACCGGGAACGACACCCGGAGCGACAGCGGGAGCGACACCGGGAACAGCACCGGGAACGGCACCGGGAACAGCACCGGGAACGGCACCGGGAGCGGUACCGGGAGCAGCCCCGGGACCAUGCUGUGGCGCAGACCGGCCGCGCUCGUUUCGCUGCUGAGGGCGGCGGGGGGCGGCCGCCGGUACCGGGAGCCCGGGGCGGGGGCGCGGCUCCGGGCGCUCUGCUCCGCGGCCCCGCCGCAGCCGGUGGUCGCCGCCACGGAGCCGUUCCCGGUGGAGCUGCAGGAGGGGAAAACCUACAGCUGGUGCGCCUGCGGGCACAGCAAGAACCAGCCCUUCUGCGACGGCGCGCACCGGGCGGCGGCCCCGGCGCUGUCCCCGCUGCGCUUCCGGCCCGCCCGGGCCGGGCCCGCGCUGCUCUGCGGCUGCAAACGGACCCGCAGCCCCCCGUACUGCGACGGCUCCCACCGGGACCGCGCCGCGCCGCCGCCGCGCGCCUGACACCACCGGGAGAGACGGAGAGCCGGAGAACCGGGAGAGACGGAGAACCGGAGAGCCAGAGAACUGGAGAACUGGAGAACUGGGGGCAAGAGGAGAACUGGUGGCACUGGGAGAACAGGAGAACUGGGGACAACGGGAGAACCAGGAGAACCGGGGGCAACAGAAGAACCGGGAGAACUGGGGACAACAGGAGAACCAGGAGAA